CAAUGCAUGUUCGGCUUCUACCUAUAAAAGGAAGCAGAAAGUUUAGGAAAAGAGAAGUUAUGACUGUAAACGUUAGAAAUGGAUAAAUUCUUUAAGGCGGCAUCACGGACUCAGGUUCGAUACCUACUUCGUGCGGCAAGUCACCGUAAUGUAAGAUACCCGCCUACCUUGCCUACAAAUUCGGUAUAUAGAUGUUGUCAUGGCAGAAGAAAUGGUGAUUCAAAACAGCUUUCUAAAAGCAUCGUUGGAAGUGAUACAAAUGUUUCGUCAUCAAAAGUGUUACCAUCGCAAUUUGUGUCGAAAGAUGAUAGAAUACUGCGAACUGAAGAAGAGUAUAAUAAAGUGGUGGCCGAAAUGAAAAGACUUGAUGAAAGGAUCAGAGAUAUUCAU